UUUUCAAAAGUUUGUCGCGAGAAUUUAAACCUCGUUAUGAAGGGCUGGCGAGCGGGGUCCUUUCUUCCUGCUUUUUAAAUGAUUAAUUCAAGGUAUUGACUAGGAUUGCAUUGUUGCAGUCACCAUGUCAGACAACAUUCUUGUGGCUGUGCGAGUGAGGCCACUCAUUACAAGAGAGGUGUCUGACGCAUCAACCAUCCAAUGGCAGACGGGUACAGACAACACCCUCACUCAAAUUGACCCAGUGACGCAAAAGCCUUUGUGUGUUCCAUAUAAAUUUGAUCGAGUCUAUAGCUCAGAUUACAACAAUGCAGACAUAUACUUUAAAGUGGCAGAGCCCAUUGUGGAGUCAGCUUUGGCUGGCUUCAAUGGAACCAUUUUUGCUUAUGGACAAACAUCAUCAGGAAAGACCUUCACCAUGAUGGGAAACCGUGACCUCCCCGGUAUCAUCCCAAUGGCAAUCCAAAACAUUUUCAAUUCCAUUGAGAACACACCUGACCGGGAGUAUUUGAUCAGGGUCUCAUACAUGGAAAUCUACAAUGAGAACAUCACAGAUUUGCUUGCCUCACGUGAAUCUCGUGGCAAGAGCUUGAGUGUGCGAGAAGAUAUUUCAGGCAAUGUAUAUGUUGCUGACUUAAAGGAAGAGUGUGUAAACUGUGAAGAAAGUUUGUUAGCCUUGAUGAGAAAAGGAGACAAGAAUCGCCAUGUUGGAGUUACAAACAUGAAUGAACGUAGCUCUAGAUCACACACCAUAUUCCGUAUUAUUUUAGAGUCACGAGAACGCACUGAAGGGGAUGGCAGUGAUUCAGCUGUAGUUGUCUCUCAGCUGAAUCUGGUUGAUCUUGCUGGUUCAGAGAAUGCAUCCCAGACUGGAGCCACCGGGGAAAGGCUUAAAGAGGGAGGCUUUAUCAACAGGUCCCUCUUCAUGCUUGGACGGGUCAUUUCACAAUUGAGUGAUGGAGAGCAGUUUGUAAAUUUCCGUGACUCUAAGCUGACACGAAUUCUACAGUUGUCAUUAGGAGGAAAUGCCAAGACUGCUAUUAUAUGCACAGUUACUCCAGCAGCUGUAGACCAAACACAUUCUACUUUAAGGUUUGCAUCAAGAGCCAAAUCAAUUAAAAAUAAGCCUAUUGUGAAUGAAGUUUUGUCUGAGGCUGCUCUGCUGAAGAGAUAUGCAAAAGAGAUUAAGAAGUUAAAGGAGUCUCUUGAAAAAGAACGCAAUACUGAUAAAGCACAAGAAGUAGAACAGGUGCGUGAGAUGUUGGAUGAGCAGUCCCGCAAGAAUGAAGAUCUUCAGGCCAAAGUGACAGAGCUAAAAACUAUGUUAGUAGUAUCUAGCCUUCCAAAGGAAACGGAUAAGAAGAUCAUUGACAAGAAGAAAAGGCUCCGCCGUGAGACAUGGGCAGCCCCAGCAGCAUCCAGAGCCAUGAGGAGGAGUAUGGCUCCACUGAGGAUUGAGCCCCUGAAUCUGGAUCACGAAUUUGUGCGGCCGGAAUUGCCACCUUGGAAAGAUUUGGGAACGCUUGCCGAAGAGUCUUCCAAUUCUUCUCAAAGCCCGCCCCUCAACUGCUCAUCUGCAUCUGAUGGUUUUGGAAAAGAUGACCUUAGUUUCAACAUGGAUUUGGCUGAACAGUCAAAAUUAGGAAAACUGGAGAACAGCUUCAAUACCCCAGAAAUUUUGGGAUCAAAGCGGAAGAGAAGAGUCCAGUUUGACUUCACUCUCCCACCAAGUUUCAUUGAUGCUGAGUGUCAGACUGAAGAGACUUUGCUGCCAAAAAUUAACCUGCUGCGCUCUCCAUAUCCAAGUACACCAAAGAAAGGUGCAGGUAUCCCUCCUGGUUCGCCAGGAACUCCAGCUCAUGUAUUGAGAGCAAGAAAUACAGAACUGAAACAAAAGUUGGAGGAGCAGAAUGAGUGGUUGCAGGAGUGGCAGGCGGAACUUAGUGAACUUCGAGACUUUCAAAAGGUGGAGCUGCAGUUGCUGGAAGAGAGUUUCCAGUUGAAAGUGGCUGAUGGACCUAUUGAUAACACCAAACUCGAUGCUCAGGCUAAAGAAAUAUCUUCUCUAAAGCAUUCUUUGAAAGACUCUGAAACUCUCUUACUGGAUGCCAACCGAGCUUUGUGUCAGAAGACCCAGGAUUUGGCCAGUUUGCAAGAACAGUAUCAGGAACUCAUGGAGGAAAAUGAAAGAAGAUGUGGAUAUGAGACAGAACUCUUCAAACUGCAAGAGGAAAACAUACUGUUGAAGAAAUCAUUGGAGGAAAACGAAAGAAGCAUAAAACAGUUUAAGAAUGAAAAGCAAGACUUUGACAUGGUAAUGGAGUUGGCACUGGAAAAGCAGAAAGGCAAAGAGAGUGAUUUAAGGAAGAGUUUGGAGGCUGCUUGGGAAGAGAUAGCUAACCAUGAAAGCACCACUGUGGAUGUAGUCCGAAGACGGAGUAUGCAUGUUUCUCAACUGGAGAAGGAACUGAAUGAGCUUCGUGAGAAUCAAGCAGAAAUCCAAGAGCUGAAAUCAAGUAAUGCUGACCUCAAACAACAACUGGAGGCAUCACAGCAAGAGCAACAAGCCACUCAGCAAUUGGUUGAUGAACAGAACUUGAAGCUCCAAGAGAUGAUGAUCUUGAUGGAUAAGCUAAGAGAACUAGAUGAACAAGUCUCUCGCAUUGAAACCUUGGAGAGUGAACUCCUGAGAGUGCAGUCAGAGCUAGAGAGCAAAGAACAGAAGAACCUGCAUCUACAGGAGACUGCCAAUGCACUCCAGAUGCAGCUAGAAGAGCGAGAAUCCCAGGGAACUGCCACAAGGAUUCGUGAACUGGAAGAAGAGAUUGAGAAUUUGCGUGACAGUGCAGCUGCAAGUAAUACAACCUAUAAGCCUCUUCAGCUCCUUAAUGCAACACAAGGAGAUUGUACUACAGUGUCAUCUGAAAUCUCUCGAAAGUUAUCUGAGACUUUACAGGUGUUAGAAGAAUCCAUAAUGCUACCCUCAACUCCUAACCGCGGUUCUGUUAGCUCCAUGGAUGAACCUUUCUUCCAAAUGCAAGACUUCAUUAUCAUCAAACAGCAGUUGUUAGCUCUGCAGGAGUCACUUCUUGCACAAGAGCAGCAACAGCAAUUGCAACAACAGAAAUUUGAAGAUCAUUUAAAAGAGGAUGCUUUACAUAAACAACAGUAUCAUUCUCAGAUUAUUGCUGAAAUAGAAUCACAGAUCAAUUCAUGGAAAAUGGCAGAGGCACUUUGUGCAGACUACAUUGCCUAUUCUCAUGCUCCUUUCACCCAUACCAGUUCCAAAGCUCAUGCUCAGUCAGUACAUACUCGUGAAUCUUAUGAUGAUAAUGUUACACAAGAAAUACAUAAGGCAGUUCAAGAAGUUAAAGAGCAGGUACAAGCAGAGUACGAGGCUAGAUUAAAAGAGGAACGUGCUGAGUUUGAGGCUAGAUUGAAGAAAGAAUCUAAAAUGGGAAAAGACUCAUUACAGGCUGCCACACUUAGUCUUGCUGAUGAACUAAAGGAUGCUGGCAUGAACAUGACCCUUUGCAAUGAAACAUUUGAAACCUCUAUUCUCAACCUUGAAAAUGAUUCCUCACAGCUAGAAGUACAAAAACUCAAGCAACAAUUAGACUUGCUUAAUAGGGAAAAUAGUGCACUUUUGGAUCAAGUAAAACAACUAUCAGAAAUUCAUGGUAAAAAGAGGGAAGUCCAUAAUUAUUCCAGUGCUCCACAGUCUCUAGCUGAUGAACUACAUCAAGCUGGAAUGAAUAUGACUAUGAAUAUUUGUGAUGAGACCUUUGAAACCUCCAUUUUGAAUCUUGGGGCUGACUCAUCCAUUCAGGAAAUCAGUCAGCUGAAGCAUCAGUUGCAGCUGCUUGAACAAGAAAAUAUUAACCUCAGUGAGCAAGUAAAACAGCUAGAGCUUCAAAGGUCAGAGUCUCAGAAGGCAAAAGAGCAGGUAGAAAUUGAACUGCAAGGUAUUAUGAAAGAAAAAGAGGUUUUACAAGCCAGUUUGAAAUCAAAGGAAGAGGAACUUUCUGAUAGCAAUAUAAUAUUGGAAGAAUGCCACAGUCUCCGCUGGCAGGUUGAUUCUUUGAAACAUGAUAAGUCUGAUCUUGAAGCAGAGUUAAAACUAAUGCAGGAGGAAAAUGAAAAUCUGGAACAAACGAUAAAUGACAGCAUGAAGAAAGUAGAGGCUAACGAGGAUAUUGUUUCAGAGAAAAUAACAGAUUCUCUUGAGGGAGAGCAUAUAGAUGACAGUCAAGAUCUCCAUAAGGCUCAAAAACAGAUGGAGUAUCUUGAGAAUGAAAAUAAAAGACUAGAAGAGGAACUGAAGAAAUACACAGCAUCCACAGAAGCCGAAGCAGUAGCAACACCUCAAAUAGAAAGUGAAGAGCACAUUGUAAAUGAAAGCUGUAAAAUGGAUGAUGCAGACAGAUUGAGUGAUGAUUUGUUUGGUGAUGAAGAAACAGAAUAUCAGAAUGUUAAGGAGACCAGAAACACUAUAGAAGAACUAAGAAAGAAAUUAGAGGAUAAGGCCACAGAGUUGGAAGAAGCUAGGAAAAAGAUUAUUUCCUUUGAGGAAGACUGUCAGUUGGAUUCUGGGGAAAUUAUGAGCAUCAAAGAAUUAAUUGCAUCUAAUCAAGAACUGAGGAAAGAAUUAUGUGAAAAGUCUAAAGAACUAGAAGAAACAGGUAAGAAAAUAGAAGAACUUAAAUCAUCAGCUGUAUGUGAGGAGUCUAUAGAUCAUCUUAAAAAGGAGCUUACCAUUGCCAAAGAGAAGAUAGUUACUCUAGAAUGCCAAGCAGAGAAGCAGGAAGCAGAUUUGAUGAAGGAGGCACAUGUAAAGAAAGCUGUAAAAAUGGAUGAUGGCGACAGAUUGAGUGAUGAUUUUCUAAAGAAACUAGAAGAAACAGGUAAGAAAAUAGAAGAACUUAAAUCAUCAGCUGUAUGUGAGGAGUCUAUAGAUCAUCUUAAAAAGGAGCUUACCAUUGCCAAAGAGAAGAUAGUUACUCUAGAAUGCCAAGCAGAGAAGCAGGAAGCAGAUUUUGACAGCAAGAUUUCAGAAAUUAUAGCAGAAAAGGAUAGUGAAAUGGAAAUGUUCAUCACCAAUUUUUCAGAUAAAGAAGAGGCACUAGAGGAGAAACUGAAAGAACUUGAGUCAGCUAACUCCAAUGUUGUGGAAAUGAGGAAAACACUAGCAAGUAAAGAACUAGAGGUUCAGAAUCUUGCUGCUGAAUGUAAUACACUCAAGACUACAGUUAGUGACCUAGAGAAGCAGCUGUUAGAAGAGCAAAAUAAAUCUGAUGAAGUAACAAGUAAAUAUCAGAUUAUGCAGAAAGAAAAUUCAGACAGUUCUAUAGAAACAGAAAACAAAAUUCAAGAACUUAAGAACAUUAUUGCUAGUCAUGAAACUGCUCUUACGGACAAAGUUGAACAACUAGAAGAGAUGAAGAAAUCUAUGGAACAUCAGAAGGAACUUCUGGUUGCAGCAGAAGCAGAAAAACAAGAACUCAGAGAGAUAAGUGAAAGGAACAUGCUUCAAGAAUUACAUAAUGCUUCUGUUAAAGCUGAGACUGAGAAGACUCUUGACAGAGAUGACCAUUCCAUUUUAGGUGACAAGCUUGAUGAAUUGAAGCAGCUAAAAGAAGAGUACAUCAUGAAGGUCAAGGAACAUAAACAACUGCAGGAUAGCAUGGAAAACCUUAGGAUUGUUCUCUCAAAGAAGGAAGAGGAGUUGAAGACCUUAAACACUGAACAUGAACAGGAGGUUUCCUCUUACAUUGAAAAUCUAAAUAACAAGGAUGAGAAGAUACAGGAACUUGAAACCGUAAUCACUCAACACAAUGAGGAGCGCACAAACAUGAUAAUGGCACUUGAUGCUAAAGAUCACAAAGUUCAGCGCCUCACCUCAGAGCUGGAAGAGAGCCAUCAAAGCCUACAAAGUAAGGAAAGGGAAUUCCAGCUUUACCUAGAUUCAGCUGAAUCAGAUAUGUCCAGUCAAGUGAAAGAACUUCAAGCAGAGGUUGAACAUUUAAAUAAACUCCAUAACGAAGUGUGUGAGGACAGGAAGAAUAUGGCAGAAGCCAUCAAGACCAAAGAGGACAUUGUGGAGACUUUGCGGUCUGAGCAACAUACUUUGAAAAAUGAGUUGGAAACUUUAAAUGAAAAUUUGAUGGUAACUAGCGAGAAGCUGAGGACUUAUGAAGAUGAGGUCAAUGAGAAGAACAACACCAUAUCAAAGCUGGAAUUUGAACAGGAAAAACUCCAAAAUGAUAUUCUGAGUCUAAAAUCUCAAGAAGAAAAUUCCAAAGGGGAAGAAGUAGAGAAGUUGGUAGGAAUUAUUGAGAAGUAUGAAAAUGAAAUAUCAGAAAAAGAGGAGCAUCUGCGGAAUAUUUCCAAAGAGGUAGAGAGCAAGGACUCUCAUAUCUGUAAUAUUGAGAAAGAGAUUCUGAGCCUGCAGAAGAGCAAUGAAGAUAUGGCAGAAGAAUUGAAAGAAUUCAAGGAAGUCAAAGAAAGAUACAGCCAGCUGGAAAAGGAAGUGGUAGAGCAUAAAAGAGAUUCACUCACUGAGGCAGAUGGCCUUCGCCAGAAAGUUCUGAUUUUGGAAAAUAGCCUUUCUGAGCUAAAGGUAGAUUAUAAGCACAAGGUUGAGAAAUUGGAAGAAGAAAUAUCCUGUCAUCUCUUUGAAAAAGAAAACCUGUAUAAGAAGCUUUCGGAAUCUGAAGUUAAGUUGGAUGAAAUUAAUGCUGAACUGAAUGAUGUGCAGGAAAAAUUGGCACAGACAACAAAAGCAUCAGAUGAAAAGACUGAACUAAUAGAUCUGGCAAAGUGCACAGAGGAUCAGUUGAACAGCAAGAUAGAGAAUUUAGAGGAAGACCUAGAAAGCUUCAGCAGCUGUUUAACUUCAAAGGAGGAAGAAUUAGAAAAACAAAAGGCAGCCAUCUGUCUUUUGGAAGAAGAAAAACUGAAGCUUGAAGAAGAAAUCACAGACCUACGAGCUCAAGGGAAGGCACUGGAUGACCAGUUGGAGUCGAAUAAUACACAGAUUGAAGAGUUGGUGAGGAUAAUUGAAAAAUAUGAGACAGAAACCUCAGAAAAGGAUGUGCAACUGCAAAAAUAUGAGACAGAUAGAUCAGAGAAAGAAGAACAGUUGCAAAAUUUGGUAACAGAAAUUGAUUGCAAAGAGUCAAGCAUCAGGGAAGCUGAGAAAACAAUUCUGUCUCUUCAUGAAAAGAAUCAGGAGAUGCUUGAUAAGCUACGAGAAUUGGAAGGACUAAAAGAUAAAUAUUUCAAACUUGAGAAAGAUCUGCAAGAGCAAAAUAACAUGAAAAGUUUAGAAGAUUUACCUGAGAAACUGAGGAACACUGAGAAAAACCUUGCAAUCCUUCAGGCUGAAUAUGAAGAAGAGAUAAGAGGAUACAAAAGAGAAAUCGCUGAAUAUGUGUCACAACAUGAAGAAGUUGUUGAAAAACUUUCACAGACUGAAGAUGAGCUGCAGAACUUCAAGGAACAGAUUCAGAUAUUGAAGAAGGAAUUAUUAGAGAAAGAAAAUUCACUGGAGGUAAAAGAAAAGGAAUGUGCAAAGCUUGAUUCAGAAAAUGCAGAUGCAUUUAUACAACUAAGAAGGACUGAAACUGAAGUAAAGAGAUUAAAAGAAGAAAUUAACUUGUACAGAACUGAACAAGAAGAGAAGGGAGACCAAGGACAUGUUCAGCAUGAACUCUCCAUCAAGUUGAUGAAGACUGAGGAAGACCUGCAGCACUGUAAAGAACAGAUUCAUAGCCUUCAGAGGGAAUUGCAAAAGAAGGAAGAGUCCCUAAAAGAAAAGGAGCAAGAGUGCACAAGACUUGACAUGGAAAUGGAUGAUAUUGUGCAGCACUUCAAGAAGGAAGGACAGACGAAGGCAGACAUGAUCUCAGACAUGACCAAGGAAUUAACAAAGGUGCAAACUGAACUGAAUGAAACAAAGCAGAAACUCUCAGAUUCCAUAAUGAUUUGCAAACAGACAGCAAACAGUGAUGGUGAUACUGCAGUCGGAGGAAUUGAUGAGUUGCAGAAUCAAAUUACAGAUCUGAAGGAAGAACUGAAGUCCAAGGAUGAGGAAUGUAUUCGUUUAAAUGCAGAAAUGGAUGACAUUGUUGAGCAUUAUAAAAAAGAGGGAGCCUUAUAUAGCAGUAUGUAUAAUGAACUUUCAGAUAAAUUGAAAAAGACUGAAAAUAAUUUGUCUCUGACUAAAUCGAAACUGAUGGAGUUCUCACACCAGGAAAAUUCUGUGUCUGAUAAUUCCAGUCUUACAGUGCAAUAUUUGAAAGAACAGCUGCAAGAUCAUGAGAAACAGCUAGAGACAUUAUUGAAGGAAAAGGAAGAUCUACAAAAGGAAAUAGACACUCUUAAGACUCACAACAAGAAUCUGGAGUAUACGACUGAGAAAAUGAGUACUCAAGUAGAAGAAGUAGAGCAAGUGAGGGCUAGUUUACAAGAAGAACUGAAGGUUAGCAGUGACACAGUUGACACCCUCUUGGAACGACUUGGAGACAUGGACAAAUUCAAACUGGUGUAUGAGGAAGAGAAGGCUAUUCUUGAGAAACAAAUAAAAGACUACCAGCAAAGAGUCGAGAUGCUUAUGGUUUCAGCUGGUGAGACAAAAGAUGGCAUGCAACAAGUCGAGAUGAUGGAAAAAAUUAAGAUGUUAGAAUGUGACUUACAGGCCAGUCAAAAGAACUUUGAAGAUGUGGCUGAUGAAGUAAAUAGGUGGAAGCAGGAGUAUACCAGACAGUAUGAAGAAUGUGAGGGUCUGAAAGCAAAACUUGUAAAAGCGGAAUUCCUCAUGAAUGAGCAGAAGGAAAAAUAUGAAGAGGAACUCGCCCAGCUCUCAACACGCCUCAAUACUUUAAUGAACAGUUCCUCCAUGACCACACCUGGCUUGAACACUACAGGGAAGAAGAAGAAGAACAGGGCAAGUGACAUGGAAGAGCAGAGAAACCAGUAUAUCUUACUGUGCUCAGAACGGGAGGAAAAAAUCAAGGAGCUGGAGAAAACCCUGGAAGAUCUGAGACGCUCACAGGGAGUCAUCUCGAAUGUUGAGGCAUUCCAGCGUGAACUGGCAUGGAUGAAGGAAAAGAUGGAGGCUGCAGAAAAAGAGCGUGAUUUGCUAAAUUCAAACUUUGAUAGCUUGGAGAAAGAUUAUGAACAACUGCAAAAGGAAAAUGAGGAACUCCAGGCAAGCGGUGAAAGGGGAUCCUUCACAGAGACUGCUGAUGAAGUCCAGCAACUGAAAAAGAAAAUUGAACAAUUAUCAAAUGAAAAUGCAUAUUUAAAGAAUGAUUCUGGGGUGAUGUCAAAGAACUCCUCUGCAAGUGUUGAGGAAGAAACCAGUCUUCGUGACCGCUUGGUGGUUAUUGAACGCGAGAAUAAUGAACUGAGGUUUAGACUUCGUGCUCUCAAUGCUCCAGCUGAGAAGGAGGUUCAGAACUUGAGAGAGGAGCUGGCUUUUGCAAAUCAGAAGAUGGCUCCAUAA